UCUUCCUCCUCUGUGUCUGUGGGGUCUGUGUAUUAAUGUGAAGCUGAGCCACAGCUCACUCACUCACCGCUUAACGCUAACCAGAGCAGAGACAUGGCUGCAAACCGGGUGAUCGUGUACGGUGGAAAAGGCGCUCUGGGCUCCAACAUUGUCCAACACUUCAAAUCCAAAGGAUGGUGGGUCGCUUGCAUCGACAUGGCUGCAAAUGAGGAGGCUAAUGAAAACGUGAUAGUGAAGAUGAGCGACUGUUUCACUGAGCAGGCGGAACAGGUGACGGCAGACGUGGCCCAGUUGCUAGGGGAACAAAAAGUAGAUGCCAUCUUGUGUGUGGCAGGAGGAUGGGCAGGAGGAAAAUGUAGUUCCAAAGAUUUAUACAAAAACACAGAUCUAAUGUGGAAACAGAGUGUGUGGACCUCCACCAUCUCCAGCCACCUCGCUGCUCUGCACCUGAAACCAGGCGGACUGUUGACUUUGGCCGGAGCUAAAGCGGCUCUGUCAGGCACCGGGGGCAUGGUAGGCUACGGCAUGGCCAAAGCUGCCGUCCACCAGCUGUGUCAGAGUCUAGCAGCAAAAAACAGCGGGUUGCCGUCAGACGCCGCUGCUGUGGCCAUACUUCCGGUUACCUUGGAUACGCCGAUGAACAGGAAGUUCAUGCCUGACGCAGAUUUCAGUUCCUGGACACCGCUGGAGUACAUUGCAGAAAUUUUUUUCAACUGGGCCACUGGGGUGAACCGGCCGGCGUCGGGAAGCCUGAUGCAGCUGCUGACCUCCGGAGGCGAAACCCAGGCUGUGGCCACUCAGUAGAGGACAGAGCGGAGCCGUGGAGACUGUGAUAGCGGUUAGUAGGGAGGGAGAGAUAAAGAUGGAUGGAAGCAGAGGGAGGGAGAGAUGAGAUGAUGGAGAAGCACUGAGAUAGAUAGAGAUUGGAGGAGAGAGGAGGAGGAUAUGGGGAAGGAGAGUUAGUGAGAUAGGAGGAGUGAUGAAGAGGGUUGGAAGGUGUGGAGGUGAAGAAGAGAGAUGGUGACAGAGAGGAGCUAAAUAAAAUAGGGAGGUGGAGGGGAGACCGCCAGAUGGGUUUGUUUUGGGGUGGAGAGGAGGAGGGGGGGCUUUCUUUGAAAAUACAGCCUCACAGCGCCAUCUAGCUGUAGAUCACUACAAUUAUCCCGCUGUAGCAGUCAAUCAGACUGUAUUACAUGUUUAGUAAUAGUAACACACCAUCAGCGUGUUUGGGACGCACACUGAAGGGUGAACUUCUCAGUCUUUCACAAAGAUUUACGUAAAGUAUUCAGAAUAAUUUCAGCCAUCAGUGAAGUGAAAUUGUCAUUAAAAUGUGUACAUGUGUCCUUUGUGCUCAGGCCAAUGUGGAAGCAGCCACCAGUUAAGAUGCAUAUAAAAUUUGUGAUACUCUGCCAUUGUAAUUCUGUCUCAUAACCGUGUUAUUACUAUAAUGUGGAAAAUUGCAGAAAAUGAACGAGCCAUUGUGUUUACUUUUUCUUUAUUUUACCUUCCCUCUCUUUGAUAAGGACCCCUGUCAUUUCAACUACUUAACACCUACAUUAGCUUCAGUAAUUUUCUGUAACAUCUAUGAAAUUCAACACCUACAGUGUCAGUCCUAUGUGGCGUGUGAGAUCCGUAGACCUUUUAGUUUGCGCUCCCUAGAGUCCCUCAAGGUCCUCUGCCACUGCGGAGUCGAAGAAAGCCGCUGUCUUCUCUCAAACGUACAAUACGCUUUAAAGUGGAGUGGCCUUAUUUUAUGUUUGGAACUAUCAAGUCCAAGUGUCCUUGGUGUGCGCGGUAUGAAAAAGGUGCUCUGGUCCAUGGGUUUUCUAAGUCGUGUAUUGUGACUGUGUCAAAAUUCACAAUAAAAUGAGUCAAAAUGA